CGCGCCCUGCAUGCAAAUGAGAUCAAUGCCGACCGCGGCGUGAGCCGCCUGCUCUGGCAACGCCGCGAUUGGCCGCGGCCCGGCGCCCAAUGAGGAAGCACGGAGAAAGAUCUCGCGAGAACGAGCGGGCGCUGGGCCGGGGCGGAAGCGGCGGCUGCCGGGCGGGGAAGAGGAGGAGGAGGAGGAAAAGGAGGAGGAGAAGGAGGGAGGAGGCGGCGGCGGCGGCCGCGCGAAGGAUGUUGCGGCUGCGCUGCAAGGCCCGGAGCGGCACCCAGCCGCUGCCCGGCCUCACGGCACACUCCCGCCUCUGCGACAUGCAGGCCGCCCUGGCCACCCUCACCGGCGUCCCCGCCGCGGCCCAGAGGCUGCUCCUCGGCUUCCCUCCGCGGAGCCUGGACCUCAGCGACGGCGAGAGGCGGCUGGGCGAGCUGGGCAUCCACUCGGGGGACACGCUCAUCGUGGAGGAGGACACGUCCAAGCCCAGCGCUGGCUCUCCAGUCAUGGCCAAGCGGACGAUGGCGGUGAGGGAAGCGGUGCCCGUGCUGGCCAGGAGGGUGGUGCCGGCCGAUAACUCGUGUCUGUUCACCAGCGUGUACUACGUGGUGGAGGGCGGCGUGUACGACCCCGGCUGCGCUCCGGAGAUGCGCAGCCUCAUCGCGCAGAUCGUAGCGAGCGACCCCGAGGCGUACUGCGAGGCGGUGCUGGGGAAAACCAACAGGGAGUACUGCGACUGGAUCCGGAGAGAGGAAACCUGGGGGGGAGCCAUCGAGGUUUCCAUUUUAUCCAAAUUUUACCAGUGUGAAAUCUGUGUGGUGGACACACAGACGGUCAGAAUCGAUCGUUUCGGGGAAGAUGCCGGGUACACCAAGCGGGUCCUUUUGAUCUAUGAUGGGAUUCAUUACGAUCCGCUCGAGCGUAAAAUCCCCGACUCGGACGUUCCUCCCCAGACCAUUUUCUCUACCACUGAUGAUGUUGUUCUCGCACAAGCCUUGGAGCUAGCAGAUGAAGCCAGACGGAAGAGGCAGUUCACCGACGUGAAUCGCUUCACGCUGAGGUGCAUGGUGUGCCAGAAGGGACUGACGGGACAAGUGGAAGCCAGAGAACACGCCAAGGAGACGGGACACACCAACUUCGGGGAAGUGUGACGCCUGCAUGAGGAUGGUUACAUCUACUACCUCACUCAUCCGGAAUAAAAUUCUGGAUUUCCAGAUAAGCUGUAUGUAAUCACAAAAUUCCGUUCACAGAGCUUGAAAAGCGUAUUAACUUAAUGAUGGCCAAGAGGCACAGGUUUGGUGUGGUUAGUGACUUUUCCAGCUGAUUUGAAAUAGGUAUCUUCUCGCAUGCUGAUUUAGAGUAAUUUGGCAGGUGAUGUAUACUGGCAGCUAAAACCUGAGUUCUGAAAUAAUCUUCUCUUGGAGUGUGUGCUCUGAGUGGCCAUACAAAACCAGGCUCGUUCAACACUAGUGUAAAAAGCGAGCCUCUAAAUUACUGAAUUAAUCUCUCUGUAUUAUGUUUUCAGGGUAAUUAAAUUAAUCUAAGGGUUUAGGAAGCGUAUGUAUCGGCACUAUUUAUACUGAAAAAUAGACUCUGCGCAUACAAGCAGCCCUUCCAGGGGAAACUGCUCGUGGGAUGCACAGUUUUUAGUGGAAAGAGCCUCCCUAAAGCUGCCCUACACUAUGUUACUAUCAGAAGUAGAAUGUAUUGUGUGUGUGAAGUCACGGCUUUAGAGAAAGAAGUGGCCUUUAAGCUUUAAGAUAGCCUUCUUAAAAUUAACGAGUAGAUGGUUAAGUGUUGAAUAAACUUAUUAAUCCUCCAUAGGUAGUUUUUAGUUGCUUGAAAAAUAACUAUCAGCCCCUUGGUGUUUACACUGCAUCAGAACAUAGGCAUGUUUCUUGAAAUACUUGGAUUCUUCUUUACCAUAUCUCAAAUUCUGGCAAGAGGGAAGUACAGUAGUUAGGGAAGUAUCUUAAUUUGCAUCUGUUAAAUACAUUGGCAUGGUCUUUAUUUGGCUGUAGCUGAUUUCAUGGCCACAGUGUUACGAAACUGUAGCAGAUUCCAAAUACUGUAAAUUAGCACUUUAAGGUAUAGUUCUCAGUUUUUGCUGGUAAGAAGUCUUACCCUUUUUAGGAGGACAGAGUAGUAAUCCAGAAGGGAGGCUCAAGGUUUCUUCAUCUGCAUUCUGCCUUAACGUGUUUGAUUUGUCACCGAUGACUGUUCAGGAGCAAGACUUUAAUUCAGAUAAUGAAGGAUGCAGUUGAAUUGUCAGAACAAGACAAGCUGGGUCAAGUGCCCUACUUCUCAUACUGCUCAGAAUCAGGGAAGGUGGAAUUGGUUUCGUCAAUCUUACCUCACAGCAAGGUUGUGAGCUUAACAGUAAGUGCUUUGAGGUCUUUUAAAAGGUGCUGUAAAAGUGCAUAGUACUGAAGGGGAUUUAUUUUUUCCUUUGUAAUGCCUGUAAUACACAUUUGCUUUAAGGGAUUUUAAAAUAUUUGUAGCCUUCUAUUCUUCUGUCGCUCUGUUUCGAGUUACCUCUCUUGCUCUUCCACAAAUGGAGAGCAGGAACGUGCAUCUUCAGUUUGAGGCAGAAACAAACCCACUUUCCACACGGAAUCAAUCUUAGGUUUAAAGGCCUCUGUUCAUUGAGGCACAUAGCUAAACUCCUGGUGCAGAAAAAGUUGUUUUCUGUAAGCAGCAAAUUUCACUGAAGUUCUCAGCUGAGCUUCCCGGUUGGACCUUGAAAUACUGAGGGGAUCUCACAGCAAAUGGAGAGUAAUUGCGUGAAUGCUUUUCUAAAUUGAGUCAAGAAUAAAUUAAGGCUAAGGAAUAGAAUUGCCAAAAGCACUGUGGACCAGUUUUCUUUUUAUUUCAGUAUUAAAAUACGCGUUCACACUGUUGGGAGUUUCCAAGAGAAAACCACUUAGCUUCCAGUGUUAAACCACACUUUGCUUUCCGUCUAUCAUGAGGAAAAAACACAAAUCAUUGCCAACAGCCCUCUAGAAGCUGAUGCUUAAGAACCUAAAGAACUUGAAGAUUACACUGUUACGACGACUUGAGACAAAAAUGCUGUCUAGGGAUGAGACCAAGAGACUAUCGACCCUAAAUGGUGUUCUCAGCUUUCACACUGAAGAGGUGGGGUGCCUCGGACACGGAGCUGUUCCUCACCAUUUGCCAUCUGUUACACGGACAGAAUACCUACCUCAGAGAGGUGUACUUUGGGUGUCUUUGAAACAAUAGUGCUGUAGAAGUGGAAGAUACGUCUUUAUCGUCUGCCACGUUUGCAGCGGCGUCGACUUUUGGGAGCAACACUUGGAUUUUCGGCUUUGUAUCUUGGAGGGAUUUCUGAAAGCGUGUCAAAAUAUUUUUUUUUUGCGGGGGGGGUUAUUUCUCAGUGGCAGUAUUUUUAAGUUUAAAAUUAGCUUUGAUUUAAUCUGGAGUGUUUAGCUUUGUUUUAUCAUGUUUGAGUAGCAAAUCCACUAACAGAGCAGGAGUUCCGUGUGAGGGAGACGUGUCAGUGUCACCGCUUGGAUGUUUUAUUUAGUUGCCUAGGAAAUAAAAUCCCUUUGGUUUAAGAAACAUCAACGGAACUGCUGUAAUUCGUGUUUGUAAAGGUUGAUACUUUUACAUGCUGACAAACUGUUUCAAAGAGCAAUUAACUGGGGAUGUGGACCAAGCUGGAGAAGCUCCCGGUUCAAAACUCUUCUUUUUAAAAGGAUGGAACGUUGGGGGUUUUUUUAAUAUCUUUUUAGCAGCAUUUACUUGCCCUUAAUGACACAGCUAUGGAGGUACCACAAAGAUGGGAUCCUGGCACUAGGGGGAUGAAUUUCUAAGCGUCGCUAAUACGUUUGCACUGAACUGUUAUUAGUUACAGAUACUUUAGAAUAGGCGUGUUGUGGGCUCAGGUGGUGGCAGGGAGCCUGUACCCCUCCAGAAAGCCUGUAAGCUACGAGUGCGUGUCCUUACCAAUACCAAUACCACUUAUUCCCAUACAGAUUUAAAUUAAACACAGAUUUCCUCGCUGAACGCUUUGGCACAGAGGUCAGCAGUUAAACAGGCCCUGGAAACUGAAACUCUCACUUCAGAGGUGGGCUUGGUAGAAGCUGUGUUGUUCAUCUUGGGUUCCUUGCCUGUACAGUUCCGGAUCUUGGAUUGAGUGAAGAGCUUUGGUUUCCUGGUGCCCACCUGGCCACUUCACCAGCACUGAAUUCCUUCUUUCACUAAAGAAGAGCCUGACACCCGAAUCACACGGCCUUUCACAAACACUUUGUGUUGUAGGAAGAGAUGCACAUCUCAUGGAUUUAACAGCACUUUAAAAGUUGGUCUGCGUUUACGCGUUCAGCAGAUGCCAAGCAAGGACUUUGCUAUGUCGGCAGCGUGCGUUCCCAUUGCAGCACAGCAAAUGGUGUUAGCAAGUGCUUCUCAAGUCUUAGUCACCACUGUACUACAAUGUUCCACUUCAUGUACCAUCAGUGCAGACCAUUUGGAAUGAUGCCUUUCCUUAAACACGUAGCUUGAAUGGCGAAAAUUGUCAAUGCACCAAUAAACGUGACUGAUGCAUGCA